AUGUUCGCUUUGCGGCUUAAAUCCAAUUCGUGGUGGGGUGAAACCAAACAAAGAAAGAAAAGAAAAGAAAACCAGAAAGAACAACAACUCACCAUGGAUAACUCAAACAGUUUGACUAGCGGCACGGUGCUGCUUCGUAGCGUUUCAUUAUUCCUAAGUAAUCGCCGUCAAAGUAAGCAGCUUAAGGAUCAAGCUCAGAUAGGUGAAAGGAAAAGACGUCCGAAAACUUUAUCGAAAGUUGAUGAACAAAUGGGGAAGCUUCAGCCAAAGGUGCUUGAGAGUCUUAAACGGAAAACACAUUUUAAUAAGUAA